AUGAACAAGCUCGUCGCUCACCCAGAUCUGUGGCGCCUCCUUAUGUCCGUCCCUGAGGGCCAGGAGUGGGUUGCCAACAUCGAAAAGUCGAGCUCGCCGGCCGAGCUCUCCGCCUGGACCAAGUUUUGGGACGCCGGCGAGGAGGUCGCCAAGGGCACCGGUGUCACCGACAUCAAGCGCAUGCACUUUAUGAUGUCGCUGCUGCUCAUGACGCAGCACGAGUCGGUCUUGCGCAUGGCUAAGAUGGAGGACAAGAACAAGAACGGCCUCUUCGGCCGUUUCCUCAUCACCUUCUACGAGAAGAACGCCUUCGACUUCUCCUCCAUUCUCGGUGCCGACUACAAGGACCUGCUGUCGGACGAGGGCAAGCAGAAAAUGGCGCCGCUGAUCGGCGCGCUCACGGAGCGGGCGAUGAAGCUCCUCAUGGCGGCGUGGGUUGCGGACGAGUUCCCGCCGCUCUCGGUCCUCUCAGCGUAUCAGGAGCAGACGCGCGACACGGCUGCGCGGCGGGCCGAGGCGGCGGCUGCGCAGCGGGCCGAGGCGGCGGGCGAGGAGGGCGAGGAGGGCGAGGAGGCGGCGCAGGCCAGCGAGGAGGACGAGGAGCCGACCGCGUCGCAGCUCUCUGCGGCGGGGGCUGACUACAGCGUCCUCAACUACGCGGACAUCAACAAUGGCACAGGCGUGCAGGGGGUGGACCGGGCGCCGCUCUCGGAGGAGGGGCAGGAGGAGGAGGGCGAGGACACCGUCCCCCCUCCGAGCCUCACCUCCUCCGGCCGGUCGUCGUUGGGCUCCUCGCGCCGCUCGUCGUUGGGCGCCGCCGACGGUGCGCCGCCGCCGCAGGAGUCGAUGGAGAUGCAGAGGAAGCGGUUCGCGACGGAGACAUCGACCAUGAUGCCGGACGUUCCCGGUGGCGCGCACGCCCUCCUCGUCGCCGCACUCGAGUGCUACGACAACGAGUACAUGCGGCAGAGCAGCGGCCCCGACGGGCCAGGCAAGGCCGGCUACGUGGCCGCCGCAGGCAAGGGUGGCACACACAUGCUGCGCCGCUGCCCCACGUUGGCCCGUCUCCGCAAGGGCGCGGAGCUCCUUUCGAUGCUUCAGGGCGUCCGCCGCAUGCCUAUCGUCGACUCCGACGGCGGCCCGCUCUUCCUCAAAAAGCUGAUCGCGGCCAUGCAGGAGCGCAAAGACCUCAAGCUCGGCUGCGACUAUCUCGCCGGGGACCCCAACGGCGCUGGGCUUGUGGCCACCGUCGACCGGGCGUCCACGUACCUCGCCUUCAUCACCGGGCAGUUGCUUCUCAAGUCGAGCUACGCCGCCGUGGUCGCGGGCAAGGACGUGCUGCCUCCGGUCGCCAACGUGCCGUCGGUCGUGGCCGUGCCGACGUCGGCAGCGGAGGCGGGCGGACAGGGGUCCGCCGGCCGGACGCCUGGCCCCGCCACCGACAUGCUGGGGCGCGCUCGCAAGAUCAUGGUCACCGACAGCUUUUUCGUCACGCCGAGCGAGUUGCCCAAGCACUGCACCCUCGAGCAGUUUCGCGAGGCGGCCGAGCACCUCGAGAGCAACGGGCUCGCGCUCCUCUUCUCUGAGGUGAUUGGCUUUGGGCCGGCGCAGAACAUGGUCACGCUCCUAGGACAUGGCACCAUGAUCCGCACCGGCUGCAAGGUCACCUUCGUCGUCAAGAUGCUGUCCUACGUGGGCUGCGACGAGAGCCUCGCGCGGGCGCAUCUCUCUGCCGCCGAGGCCAGCGACUACGACGCGCUUCUGCACCAGUCGACCGGCGUCGCUCGCACGGCCAAGGAGAAGAUGCUUCGGCUGCUCACUUACAUGGCCUCGGUGGCGGCGCUGGCUGGACGGCUCGACACGCUCGCCGAGCCGGGCGCCAUCCGAUCGGCGGCGCUCACGGCGUACCAGUUCUCGGGCGGCUCCCUCUCUGCGCUGACCACCGCCGCGCAGAAGCUGACGCAGCGCAACCUCGACGGGAAAAAAAGGCGGGCGCUGCUGGAGGCCAAGGCGAAGAACGAGGCGCUGGACCGGCUGGCCAUCCUCACCAAGAAGAAGCUCGAGCCGGCCAAGUACUCGAGCCUGGAGCUGCUCCCGCACGUUGAGGUGCCCUCUGAGCCGGCGGGGCCCACCACCUCUACGGAUGAUUCCUCUGGCAAGCGGGCCAAGGCUGCUGGGGACAACGACGACUUCACGUAG